GUUCAGUGUCGCUCGUCGGACGUUGGCCAAACGUCCCUGAAGGCAAUGCUCGCAUUGUCAUUGUUACUCUCAAAGGAGAGUUGAUCGAGGCAAAAGCUAUCCAUCAUGAGGUUCCCUCCUCUUUCGGUGUUGCUGUCGUGGCCGAAACCGAAUUAUGUUGAUCCAGUUACGAGAGGGCCGGGUUUGAUCAUCGUCGAGCUUUGCAUUUUGCCUUUCGCUUUGCUCUGCGUGGGUCUGCGGCUUUGGGUGCGGAUAGGAUGGCUGCAUAAGAGUUGGUGGGAUGAUUGGCUUAUGGUUGUCGCGAUGCUCUUCUCCUGUGGAACAACGGCCUUGGUCAUCAUGGCGACUCAACUAUAUGGCUGGAACAUCCACGUUUGGGAUCUGACCAUCCAUCAGAUGGAGACAGGACGAAAGGCUUCAAUGGCAGGACAAACUCUCUUCGUGCUGGCCUCAAGUUUUGUGAAGCUAUCCAUCCUUACCAGCUACUUUCGCAUUGCUCCUGAGAAGUCGACAUUCCGAAGGGUGAUUUGGGUUGUCUUUGGCAUCGUCAUGGCCGCUUUCCUAGUCUUCCUCAUCAUGUUGUGGACGCAGUGCAUUCCGAUUAGCAGCUAUUGGACCUUCACUGCUGACCACCGCGACUGCAUACCGGAAGGUCCUCCGCUCGUCGCCCAGACAGUCAUCAAUGUCGCUACUGACUUCAUGAUAUACGUCCUUCCCAUGCCAACGCUCUUCAAACUCAGUCUUCCAACCUCGCAACGCAUCGGUCUGAUGAUCCUCUUUGGCGUCGGUGGAGUCAUUGUCGUCGCAGGCAGCUUCCGAGCGUACUGGGUGCACUACGUCCUCUUCGAGACCUACGAUGUGACUUGGGAGGGGUUCCAAAUUUGGGUAUGGACGGCCGUCGAAACCAACGUUGGGGUCAUAUGUGGAUGCAUUCCCUCCUUGAAGCCGCUCCUGUUCCCGGCACGUGCUCGAGCUGGAGGAUCCCGAGGGUCAAAGCCGUAUGGAUCAGGACACAGCGCCCGGAAACCGCCGCCCCGGCCAGCUGAACACGAACUCGAGACCCGUGGCCUGACGUCAAAGGAGGCAAAAGACCCAAGCAUUGCCGUCCGAGGCCUGCCCAUAGGCCCUCCGCGCCCGAUGAGCGACGGAACCGCGAAGAGUAGCAUGUAUGAGACUGAUUUGGAACAACAGAAAACGUACAUGUACUAAGCGUACUGAGCUUGACUUUCUUUCGGAAUUCCUUUCCUUACCCGCUAAUAGCGUACUGUCGUGCGCGUUGUGUAGAUAGCAUUUUUCUUUUGAUCAGCUCUCCUCCAACCUCACUUACUCAUUCUUCUUAUCUUCCAAUGUCAAGGCCUCGCACUGAUGGUCGUAGUUCGAGACUAGAAUUCCAGCCGUAUUGGCUCCGGCUUCAAUGCCAUCGUCUCCUUCAGUCUUGGUCAGGGGCAGCGUGACUGCCCACCCUUCAUUUCUUUC